GAGAGGCUCUUCUGAUUAACUAUAAAGCAGCGGAUCUCAGAGCUUUUGAUCAUGACAGAUCAUUAAUGUGUUUAAUCUGUGUUACAGUUAUGAGGGGGUCCUUGGACAGUUUUAUCACCAGUAAGGGGUCCCUGGAUCCAAAAAGUUUGAGAACCCCUGGUCCAGAUGAAUUGGUUUAUUAUCAGAAUCUCUAAAACUCCAUUUAUUUUAUAGACUGAAGUUAUUUUUUAACUUUGUUGUAUUUAAUGUUCACACUUCACCCUCUUUGUUCUGUGUUAAGAUCACUAACAUGUUUCAGAGGGUUAAUUUGUAAACCCUAACAAUCCUCUGGAGCUUUGCCAUGUUUUGCAAGAUGGCGGGCAUGGAUCAACUUCCGGCAGCAGGCAGGCUGGAGGCUGGAGGGAACCCCAGAUAGAGGUCUGAGGUCUGAGAUGUUCUCCUGGAGGCUCGCUGCAGCUCUGUGCAGCCGCAAACACGUGCUGGUCUUCAGUCGCUCCUUCAACAUGGCAGAGGAGGCGAAGAAGCUGGCUGCGUACGCUGCUGUGGACAACCACGUCCAGAAUAACCAGGUGGUCGGUGUGGGCAGCGGAUCAACCAUCGUCUAUGCUGUGGACAGAUUAGCGGAGAGAGUGCGUCAGGAGAAACUCAACAUCGUGUGUGUGCCAACUUCCUUCCAGGCCCGUCAGCUGAUUCUGCAGCACGGCCUCACGCUGUCGGAUCUGGACAGGCACCCUGAGCUCGACGUUGCGAUUGACGGGGCGGAUGAGGUGGACGUGGAUCUCACGCUGAUUAAAGGUGGAGGAGGCUGCCUGACUCAGGAGAAGAUCGUCGCCGGGUGUGCGAAACAUUUUGUCGUCAUUGCCGACUACAGGAAAGACUCCAAAGCUCUGGGCCAGCAGUGGAAGAAGGGAGUACCCAUCGAGGUGAUCCCCAUGGCGUACGUUCCCGUGUCCAGGAUCAUUGCCAAACGCUUCGGAGGGGAGGCCAACUUGCGGAUGGCCGUCAGUAAAGCAGGUCCGGUGGUCACAGACAACAGCAACUUCAUCCUGGACUGGAAGUUUGAGCACGCUCAGAACUGGAAGGAAGUCAACACGGCCAUCAAGAUGAUCCCAGGCGUGGUGGACACGGGGCUUUUCGUCGGCAUGGCUGAACGAGCGUACUUCGGGAUGGAGGACGGGACCGUGAAGGUUCGGGAUCUUCCUGUGAACUGACCGAUCCGCCUCGCCCCCCCCCCCCCACCCCUUCAUCCCUGCGACCUCUCUUCCUCCCGCAAGUGCCGUCUUCAUGGUUUGCACCCCGGUCUCGGACUGCGUUUGCACUGAGCUGCUCCUCCUGCAGAACCGGACUUGAGCUGAAACUUUCACACAUCUCAAAAAAACACACGCACCAGAGCGCGCCUUGAUUCUCCUCAUCCUGCAUGUGGUGCUUGUAAUUCAGCGAGGUUCAAAGUGCCUGCUGAGGAGAAUCAAGAGCUUCUGAUGCCUGAUUCUUUUUCAUCACUUUGAAUUGUUGCUCGGUUGGUUCUGCCCGGUCUCACUGGGAGUGUUGGCUCUUCCUGUAAUUAGUGGAUUAGACUGAAUGUGGUUCUCAAUCACUGCGGUGCUGCUGAAUGAAACUAAGGUGUGCCUUGAGAUUUAUUUGAAGUCUUAUUAAACAAAAUGAUGCCGUUAAAGAGCUCAUAAUCAUCCAUCACGUUAUUUUCAUGUGCUGGGCUGCAGCUCGCUCAAGUCGACUCGUCAAUGAGAGCUCUGAGCGCUGCGGGCCGACAUGCCUUCAAGUCUUUUUGUUUAAUUAGAGCGUAGAAGGAGGGCGUCGAUGAAGUGAAUACUACUCCACAAAGAAGUUUUUAAUUUUUCUAAUUAAUAUGCUAAUUUAAACAGCAAGAUGUCCCCAAAAUUAAUGAGAUCCCUGACAGUUUGAGGGAACCCUGUGGUGCAGGUGUGAAGCUUCGAAAAGAGACAUGUAGCUCUGAUAAUCCAACGUUACAGCGUGUGAUGUAUCGACGUGCAGCACGCAGCAGGAAGCAGGCUGUGAGGAAAUCUGCACACAUGGUUAGAGAAAUGAAACAUGACAGAUGCAGAACGUAGCUGUAGGUUUAAAAGCAUCUCACUUCAGCAUCAGGUGAACUCGUCCUCUCACUGUGACGGCUCUGAAGCAUCUUCAGUGCAACACCAGAGGCUUCACCUUCUGCACCACAGUGCAACUUAAAGCCUGAGUUAUACUUCUGCGUCAAAUCGACGGCGUACCUAUGCCGGAGGUUCAUGUAGCUCCCGUACCUCCGCAUGUAGCUGACGUGCAUCUCCUCCAAAAUGUAACUUUGCGUGUCAUUGGCCGUGUAUUUCAUCUCCACCUCUCUAUUCUUCAUGUAAUCAUGUCUGUAUGAUGUAGAUUAACAGAACACGCUCUGAAUCACUGUGGAAAAGUAAACAGAGAUCGUAGUGGGGCCGGAAGCAGGCAACCCUUUUCCACCUAGGCAGUUUCAGGGCCAGUUCGGAGCCGGUGCUAAAUUGAGAACCAGCUUUUUGUGUUUCAACUGCAAGAGAGCCAGAGCCCGGCCAGGAAAACUGGUUCCAGAGCAGCACCAACUCUCUGCUGGUCUGGAACCGCAACCCGCUUACAUUAGGGGAUAAGUUCUCAUUGGGACAUCAUGUGAUUACGAAAAGCCAGGAGGAACACCAGGAAGCAUGCUACGUUGUCCGCCAUUGUUGUUUUGUGAGGGAAAGUUCACGUAGAAGUGAUGUCCUGACGUGGCUCUUCCACGAGCGGGUAGAAAAACGAACUGGUACGAAGUUGGUUCACAAGUUCAGCCAGCUCCAAACCAGCGCGAGCACCAGCCUGGAACUACAACCAGGUUUGCAUUGGUCAAAAAGGGGUUAGGGAGACCACACUGCCCUCAAGCUACUACAGAGAAUUGCUGUAUGUCCGCCCCUGCUGCGUAGGGACGAUGACACAGAAGUAGAAAUCAGCCUUAAAUUGUCUCCUCUCUUGUCUUCUGUCACCUUUCGUCCCUCAGCAGCUCUCUGACCCCUGAGUGGCGAUGUAACAGAUCAUGUAGCCGCCCCCUGAUCACACAUGAACUCCCUCUAAAAGUAGAUUUGCACAGAGGGUUUGAAUCAGGAAGCAAUUCUGUAUACUGAAUCUUUUUAUUUGUCUUUUUCAACACCAUAUAUACGUUUGAUUUCAGUGUAUAAAAGCAGAUAUCACUGGCUCAUAUUCUGGUUACCUCUUUGCGAUGUCUGUUUCCUGUGAAGCCACAUGUUUCAGUCUGCCGCCUCUCUCUCUGUAACAAACCUUUGAAUGUCUGUACUUGCAUGCACGUACCUCCUUCUGCCGUGUUGCUUCAUCGUGUGCCUGUAAGUAACAUGCAUGACGUCUCUUAAUCCAAGCAAACUCAUAGAAGACAUGCAUCGUAUCUCACUGUAAUGAUGGGCACCUGUGCUACAAAGACGUGACUAACUUAUGAACUCGUGUAGCUCGAAUCUGAACCAAUAGCACCCCGAGGAUUUCUAAUGUGCCUUGUCAUGCCAAAGCAAUACAACCAAGUCUCUUUUGAAUCAGAUGUAGCACAAUCUAUAGAUUCUGUAGCUCAGCGUGUCUGAUACUUGAGGUGAAAAGCUUCAUCAUGCAGACGCAGGAGAGGGGAUAUUUGAGUAUUUAAAUGUUUGAACAUGCAGUAAGUGUAGACAGAAGAUUCAUCCCAAAGAUUAGAUUAUUGUUUCAGUGACUUAUUGAACGUUUGGUCACUUUGUUUGAGAUGUUUCUGUUCUGUUCUGUGAAGUUUAUCUCCCUCCUCUCCUCAGAAACAAGCAGAACUCAUUCUUAGAGAUUUAAAUACUCAUGCUGUUUUUGUUUACACUAACUUUCAUCGAACUACUCAGCAUUUUUUAUUCUGAUUCCUUCAUUUUUUCCCAUAUCUUUCAUUUUGAAAAGAAGCUGCUCACUUUGCUCACUUUGCCUUAAAGACGCUUUGAUUUCCACAUCUCUCGUUAUGUCGUCCAGCUGUGAAGGACAGAAGAACAUCGACUCUGGAGAAACAGAACAAACAUAAUGUUUGUUAUUAGGUACGGUUAAUAUUCUACUUCACAUGAGGUGGAGUCAGCCUCAGAAGAUAAAGUUUACUGAACUCUGAAUGUACAGCUCAGUUAGGGUCCAAUGUCAGUUGUCCUUCAUGUUGGAUCAUUUUUCUCACCAGCAUUUCUUUCCCCCUCUCUUUCUUUCUUUACCAACUGACUGUGAUACUGAUUCUGCUGUGAAGGUACUGUUGUCUCUUGUAAACCAAUAAAGGACCAAAAUGAGAGAA